AUGGUCCAAAACCAUGUGGUAUGGUCCAAUACCAUACCACAUGGUCCUAACCCCCCCCUAACCCUCACCCUUCCUCACUCUGCCUCACCCUUCCUCACCCUUCCUCACCCUUCCUCACUCUUCCUCACUCUUCCUCACUCUGCCUCACCCUUCCUCACUCUUCCUCACCCUUCCUCACCCUUCCUCACUCUUCCUCACCCUUCCUCACCCUUCCUCACCCUUCCUCACUCUUCCUCACCCUUCCUCACUCUUCCUCACCCUUCCUCACCCUUCCUCACUCUUCCUCACCCUUCCUCACUCUGCCUCACCCUUCCUCGUCCUUCCUCACUCUGCCUCACUCUUCCUCACUCUGCCUCACCCUUCCUCACCCUUCCUCACCCUUCCUCACUCUGCCUCACCCUUCCUCACCCUUCCUCACCCUUCCUCACUCUUCCUCACCCUUCCUCACCCUUCCUCACUCUUCCUCACCCUGCCUCACUCGUCCUCACCCUGCCUCACUCUUCCUCACUCUGCCUCACCCUUCCUCACCCUUCCUCACUCUUCCUCACCCUUCCUCACUCGUCCUCACCCUGCCUCACUCUUCCUCACUCUGCCUCACCCUUCCUCACCCUUCCUCACCCUUCCUCACUCUGCCUCACCCUUCCUCACCCUUCCUCACUCUUCCUCACCCUUCCUCACCCUUCCUCACUCUUCCUCACCCUUCCUCACUCUUCCUCACCCUUCCUCACCCUGCCUCACCUUUCCUCACCCUUCCUCACUCUUCCUCACCCUUCCUCACUCUUCCUCACCCUGCCUCACCCUUCCUCACCCUUCCUCACCCUUCCUCACUCUUCCUCACCCUUCCUCACUCUUCCUCACCCUUCCUCACUCUUCCUCACCCUUCCUCACCCUGCCUCACCCUUCCUCACCCUUCCUCACUCUUCCUCACCCUUCCUCACCCUUCCUCACUCUUCCUCACCCUUCCUCACCCUUCCUCACUCUUCCUCACCCUUCCUCACUCUUCCUCACCCUUCCUCACCCUGCCUCACCCUUCCUCACCCUUCCUCACCCUUCCUCACCCUUCCUCACUCUUCCUCACCCUGCCUCACCCUUCCUCACCCUUCCUCACCCUUCCUCACUCUUCCUCACCCUGCCUCACCCUUCCUCACCCUUCCUUAUGAUUAA